UUGGUACAGCCCAGACACUCCGGUCCUUAUGGAGUAGCUGCUGAGGAGGCUCUGGAGUUUGGAGAGAGUGCGGUGGUGAGUUUGCGCCGGGAAGUCAUGGCGGUGGGAAGGUGUUUUUGUCGCUCCGGGAUUAGUCUGCCGCUGAAGCUCACGUUUCUUCUCCUCAUCUGUAUGCUAACAGCGGCGUGGGCCAACCGGGUGCGUGUCCCAGAGAGAGUCAGUGCCGUGCUGGGGAAGAACGUGACCCUGGGCUGCCGGGUGGAGGUCAGCUCCAACCUCAGCCUCACCCAGAGCUCGUGGGAGCGCCGGCUGCCCUCGGGCUCCAUCACGCUGGCAGUCUUCAAUCCGCAAUUUGGCACCUCCGUCGCCCCCAGUUACGCCAAGCGCCUGGCCUUCCACUCCCCGUCGUCUCACGAUGCCACCAUCAUGCUGGCGGACGUGGGCUUCGCUGACGUUGGCACCUACACCUGCAAGGUGGCCACAUUCCCCCUGGGUAACACCCAGGCCUCGACACACAUCGGCAUCAUGGUCGAGCCGAAGGUGUAUGUGUCAGCGGGUUCCGUCCCCUUGCUGGACGGUGGGAACGAGACGGUGGUGGCCACCUGCACGGCGGAGCGGGCCCUCCCCCAGGCCGAAGUCUCCUGGGAGUCCAACCUUUUUGGCCGCUCGCAGGUGCACCUGCAGGCGGAGGCUAACGGCACCACCACCACGCAGGUUCGCUACGCCUGGCACCCGACCCGGCACGCCCAGGGGCAAAGCCUCACGUGCGUGGUGCGCCACCCGGCGCUGCAGACGGAGUUCCGGAUCCCGUACCAAAUCAACGUGCAGUUCGCCCCAGAUGUGACGGUAGUGGGAUAUGAUGGAGACUGGUUCAUCGGGCAGGAGAACGCCCAGCUCCAAUGCCGGGCCAACGCCAACCCUACAGUCCACUCCUACAAGUGGACCAGGCUGGACGAGGAGCUUCCUGGGGAUGUCUAUGUGGUCAACAAUACCCUGGUCUUCAGCCACCCGCUGCGCAGCAAUGACUCGGGAGUGUACAGGUGUGAGGCAGGAAACGGCGUCGGCAGGCGCAGCAGGGACACGCGGAUCCGAGUCCAAGAGCCUCCUCCUACCACCAUCCUCCCCGCCACCCCCCUUCCUGCCCUGAAUGACAGGGGUCUGGCCACCGCCCCCCUCAGUAAGGGACGCGCCCCGUUCACCUCUCCGACGUUGGCCUCCUUGCCUGAAGGCAGUCUGGGUGCCAUCGUGGGCGGGGCAGUGGGCGGGGCCCUCUUCCUGGUGCUGCUGCUGGUAUUGGGGGGGACCUGCUACCGAAGGCAGCAGCGCACAUUCCGGGGCGACUACUACACCAAGCAGUACCUGGGACCGGCGGACAUGCAGAAGGAGCCGCACGUCGACAUGCUGCAGCCGCACGAGCUGCAGGAAGUGUACGGCAGCGGGGAUGCAGGGAAGGGGGGCCGCGACGCCCCCAAGGCAUCUACCCUCCAAUCCGACAAGGACAGGGAGGAGUGGGGAGAUGGGGUCAUCAACGGACGCAGCCGUGCCCUGCGGGAGGCGGCCCGCUGCCCCGAACGGCAUAAUCACAACCACAACCACCACGGCACCCCCCUGAGGGGGCCAGCACCGCCAUGUGCGCGUAUCUCUGCCAUGAAGCACAGUGCCCCCUACCUGCCGGAGGACUGCUAUGACAACAGUCCGGACGGUGACUACGUGUCCCACGUGGAUGGGUCUGUGAUUUCCCGUAGGGAGUGGUAUGUUUGAGCAGGGGGGUGGAGGUGCCGGCACCACGAUGGACUAACGAGGAGAUCAGACUGAAGACGGUGUGAGAAGCUUUAGAUGGGAGAUUUACAAAGGAAAAAAAGGCUUCCUCUGUCUUGCUCAUGGAACAUUACUUUUUUUUAUAUAUAUAAAUUUAUCACGGGGUUCAGAAAAUUUUAAUAGAGGAGGCGUGUGCCUGGAAAUGCACUGGGAUACUCUGGAGCACUAUUUCCAUGUGGCGUCAUGUUUUUAGCCAAAAGUCUGUGGGACGGACCGGCGGGACCCUGUGCCCCGAACCUCAAGCAUCACCUUGGCACCUGGUCAGGCGUGCUGUCCUGUCGGUUUUCUUUAAAAGAAUAAAUAAAUACACUUAUUUGGUGAUGCA